AUGUCGUCGGUGUACGUUCUAGAACCUCCAACGAAGGGAAAAGUGGUGGUGAGCACAACGCGCGGGCCUUUGGACAUCGAGCUAUGGCCGAAGGAGGCUCCGAAAGCCGUGAGGAAUUUCGUGCAGCUCUGCCUCGAAAACUAUUACGACAACAUCAUCUUCCACCGCGUCAUCAAGGACUUUCUCGUCCAAGCCGGCGACCCCACCGCCUCCGGCACCGGAGGUGAAAGCAUUUAUGGUGGUGUUUUUGCUGAUGAGUUCCAUUCACGUUUAAAAUUCAAGCACAGAGGAAUAGUUGCAAUGGCCAAUGCUGGAUCUCCAAAUUCCAAUGGAAGUCAGUUUUUCAUCACUCUCGACCGGUGUGACUGGCUUGAUCGCAAGCAUACCAUUUUUGGAAAAGUGACAGGAGAUACAAUGUAUAAUCUUUUGAGACUGGGUGAAGUUGAAACCGAUAAGAAUGACCGGCCUUUAGAUCCCCCAAAGAUUUUAUCAGUCGAGGUUUUAUGGAAUCCAUUUGAAGAUAUUGUUCCAAGAACACUUCAGAAACCUCUAACUCAAGCUAAAGCUGAUACAGAAAAUAAAGAGCCUAGGAAGAAAGGUGUAAAAAAAUUGAACUUGCUUUCAUUUGGGGGAGAAGCUGAAGAAGAGGAAAAGGUGGCAUCAGUGAAGCAAAAGAUUAAGAGCAGUCACGAUGUCUUGAAUGAUCCUCGUCUUCUAAAGGAAGAAACUCCUAUUAGUGAACUGAGUUCAUCAAGAAGAGAUCUGCAUUUAUCUGUAAGGGACGCACUUAACGCGAAGAAAGAAGAGCCUCAGAAAGAUUCAGCCCCUGGUAACAUGGCUCGUGUUGAUUCCAGUGAUGAUGAUGAAGCAGAUUUUGAUUCAAGAAUGCGCAUGCAGAUACUCAAAAAGCGGAGGGAGUUGGGUGAUCUCCCUCCCAAGCCUAAGUUGCAAAAAGGAGGAAGGUCCAGUCCAGAGAAUCAUGAUAUGUCAUCACCAAGGUCCAAUGCUGUUAGUGUUGAUGAGGAUCAACCAAAGGUAGAAAAGUUGUCCUUGAAGAAAAGGGGAGUAGGAUCUGAAGCAAGAGCGGAACGAAUGGCUAAUGCCAAUCCAGAUCUGCAACUAUUAAAUGAAACUGAGAGAGGAAGGCAAUUGCAGAAGCAGAAGAAACGCAGACUUCAAGGGCGUGAAGAUGAAGUUCUGGCAAAACUUGAAAAAUUCAAGAAUUCUUUAGCAGCAAAGACGACACCCCCAGCUGCCGAAUCUGGAGAUGUUAAUAAUGAGGAGUUGUCUGACUGGAGAGGUGUUAGUUUAAAGUUUACCCCCGAGUCUGGCAAGGAUCGCAUGUCUCGCAAUGAGGACCCAAAUGACUAUGUUGUGCACGACCCACUUCUGGAAAAGGGGAAAGAGAAGUUCAAUAGGAUGAUAGCCAAACAAAAGAGACGAGAACGAGAGUGGGCUGGGAGAUCUCUUACUUGA